AUGAGACCCAAUGAGCCGAAGGUGACGGCCUAUGAGGCCAGAGAGUCCCACAUAUCGCGCUCCGAAUGGGAUCCAAGGAGCUGGUCUAGGAGGAUAUGGCUGAUUUUGGUCACGAUCAUUAUCAUAAUCGUGGUGGCCAUUGUCGCGACAGUUGUCGGCGUUAGAGCGACUCGGAACAGCGGCAACGGCAAGGAUGAUAGGUAUCCCAACUACACCCGGCUGAACUACACGCUCGUCGACACCUACUCGGGAACGUCCUUCUUUGACAAGUUCGACUACUUCAACACCUAUGACCCUGCGGGAGGCUUCGUACACUACGUCAGCCCGGGGGACGCGAAGCUUCAUAAUCUCACAUACGCUACCGAGUCCACCGUCUUGAUCCGCGUAGACACCAGCGUCGGACCCGGCUCCGAACCCGAUGCCUCAACCGGCCGCUUCUCCGUCCGCCUCGAGUCGAAAACGCAAUACGGGCCGGGCCUCUUCCUCUUCGAUGUCAGACACACGCCCUAUGGAUGCGCCACAUGGCCGGCCCUCUGGCUGACGGACCCUAAUAACUGGCCAACGCACGGCGAGAUCGACAUCAUGGAGGCCGUCAACCAGGCCAACAGCGGCAACAUGGUAGCGCUGCACACGACCGCGGGCUGCGACAUGUCCGACAUCCGGCGCUCCAUGACCGGCACGGCGGGGCAGGGCGACUGCCACAACGCCACCAACAGCAACACGGGCUGCAUCGUGUUGGCAACGUCGCCGGCUACAUACGGUCCCGCUUUCAACGCGGCCGGUGGCGGCAUCGUGGCGCUCGAGUGGAGGAACGAGGGCAUCAGAGUCUGGGUGUUCUCGCGGAACGGCGCCGGCGCGCAGGGGUUGACGGCGUUGCCUGCCGCGGGGGAGACGAUGCUGCAAGGGCCCGACACGCAGACCUGGGGCCCGCCGUUGGCUGAUUUCCCGGCGACGAACUGUGAUAUGGCCCGUCAUUUUCGAAACCAGAGCAUCAUCGUCAACAUCGACCUGUGCGGCUAUCUCACUGAGGCGCGGUGGGCUGAUUCAGGAUGCAGCAAGCAGAAAUGUACUGACUUCGUUGCCAACAACCCCUCGGCAUUCACGGAUGCUUACUGGGAGUUCGGAGGCUUCCAAGUCUACAGUGCGUCGUGA